AUCAGCUUCCUCCGGGUCUUCUAAGGCCCGGACCUCCUUUCCAGCUUCAAUUUCCAAUUAUAUUUUAAUAUUUUAGUUUAGUUUUGUUCCGGUUGUCCCAAAGUGGCCCCGACUCUACUCUCGGUUGUGUGCUUGAAGGCUUCGAGUACCUCUUGGUAUCUCAAUAGCGGAUGCUCCAAGGACAUGACCGGAGACGCAUCCAAAUUUAGGAGUUUAGAGUAUUUCAAAGGUGGCAAUGUCGUUUUUGGUGACAACAACAAAGGAAGAAUCAUUGGAAGUGGCACCGUCGGGAAGGACAAUGCUACAACCGUUGAGAACGUUCUUCUUGUUGAGGGCCUCAAGCAAAAUCUUCUUAGCAUUAGCCAAUUGUGCGAUAGAGGUUCUUAUGACGAUGAAGAAGAAAUCGUUAAGGAAAAGGAACCGGAAGAAGAGAAAACGCAGGAACAAACAGAGCUUCCUAAGGAAUGGAGAACAUUGAAGAACCACCCGAUUGACAAUGUCAUUGGUGACAUAACGCAGGGAGUUUCUACUCAAGCUCCAAACCCUAACUCUUUCCCUUCUCCGAUUUUCUCAAACUUCAUCAGAAAUUUCUCAAAUUUCUUCCAUUUUCUCACCAAAUUUCAUCAAUUUCAAAGAGGAAAGUUGUCAAGGUGCAAGAACGCUUCAUCGCGUCAAGAAUCGGCGGCAGAAGAAGGUGAGAAGCCAUGGCGUCGUGAAGGGAGCAAGUACAUCCACAUCCAAACCGGACUCGCCUUCAACACUGGGGCUUCAGCCGAGAGGUUCCACAACAUCUUUCUCACGAAGGAGAUCGUCUCACCUAAGAUCGUGAACAAGGAUCUCUUCAAAUCGGCGACCUAUGCCCCGAACCUUACUCGGGACACUCAGGUGCCGGUCAAGAAGACUUGUUUCAUCACUGAAGCCAAGUUUUCCCGGAUCGUGUACCGUGAGGAGGGCGAUGCUGCACUAAAUCUGGACCUGAUAGUCGCAGACGAAGAAGAGAGCCAAAACGAGACUCAAGCUGAGUCAUCUCGUGCCGGAGGAAGUCGAGCCACGGAGCACGUCACUCGUCAACGCAGGACUCGUCCAAGAGAAGAAGCACCGGAACCAUCUUGGGUAAAGAGAAUCUUCGAUACUCUCACGUGCAUCCGAGAUGACGUUCGCGAGCUCAACGAGAGGAUGACUCGUUUUGAGCAUUCCCGCUCUUACCGUGGCCCGCGUCACAGCUUUAGCAGAGGAGCUCGUCCGGCGAACUCUCUUUGAUUGUUUUUCCUUCUGUCUUAACUUAAUAUGAUACAUUGUUAUUUGCUAUUGUUGUUGUUAAUAACUCUUUUGAUGAAUGAUUAUGUUGCCAUUAUGUAUUUGUUUGUUGGUUUGGCAAUAUGGUUCUCUUUUAGAACAUAUUGUCCCUUUGUGGCAUUCUUGUUAGAAGUUUUUUUUAAAGAAAAUUUCUUGCAAAUU